AUGAUUCGAAAGUCCCUCCGCUCAAUAGUGCCCAAAAAACACUUCGAUGAACAAUACUCACACACUGAUCCAAUAACAACUAAUAAACGCCGGUCAAUAAAUUCAAAUAAUAAUGAUUCUGACGGUAAUAGAUUGAAACUUGAACCAAAUUUUGACGAUGGCGUAAUUCAUAUUGCCGGUAAAGACAUAUUUGAGUUUAAAUGUCUGCUAGAUAAGCAAUCCCUCGUAGCAAAUGUUACCCAUAAAGGUAUACCAAUCAUUUAUCAUGCCACUCAAUAUCGCAAUCAACAAUUUGACACAAAACAGCUGAAAGAUAUGUCAUUGUUCACUGAUGUAGCAUGUGUAAGCCAUAACAGUAGUUAUUAUGACGAAAUGAGCUGUAAUAGUUACAUUGCUUCAUUGGAAUCAUUAAUUGAAAUUGAUGCCAUUAAUGUUAUAAAAAGAAUACUAGUGAGUAGUGAUGAUAUUUGGUCACUUAGCCCCGCAAAAAUUGCGGAUGAAAUUGAACUUAAUUACAGGAGGCCCUUGAGUAAAGUUGUCAAGCGUAUGAUCGAAUGUUUAGCAAUCGGAUUUACUCAUGAGAUAUUGCUAAAUAUGCAAAUAAAUAGUAUUAGUGGAGUCAGUGGCUUCAUCGAUGGGGAGAUUAUCAAGGCACAAACAGCCUAUACCGUUAAAGGAUCAGCUACUGAUAUAGCAUUUGACGAUGUAUAUGACAUAGAAAUUGAGUCUAGCCAUGUUGACAAUAAUAACUACAAUAGCCAUCAUUGCAGUCAAAUUUCAAUUAAAAAUAAAUUUAAAAGGCACUAUUGCGACAUGAUAAUUGCUUGGAGAGUACCAAUUAACCCGGUUAAAUAUAGAAAUACAACUGGUGAUGUUGAUAACAUAUUUACAAUGUUAGACCCUAGAGAACUAGAGCGAGUUAGCAGGGUAAAUUUGUCGUUCCAGGGUAAAUCAAAAGAACUCAUAUUGUCGAAAUGUUAUGUGAAAAUAAUAAAUGCAAUAAAUAAUAUAAUUGACAAGUCUGAUUUGGAUGAUGGGAUUAGAGAUAAUUUAAGAUAUCUAGCCCUGGCAAUAACAUUUCAAACUUAG